CUCCAGAAGUUGUUACAGUGUGAGCAGAGCUCAGACAAGCAAACUAGAAUUUGCGUAGCACGCGGUGUCCUAAAGUAUAUGUAAAUAAAAAUGCCACAGUGGCUGGUUAUUGGCAUUUCUGGGGUUACAUGCGGGGGCAAAACCACAUUAGCGCACAAUUUGCGCGAUUACUUUCUUGGACAACGAAAUGUGCCCCUUUGGAACACACCCUAUUCGAUAAAUGAAGUGCAGCUGAUAUCUCAGGAUGAUUAUUUUUUACCGGUUGAUGACUUGCGCCAUAAAUGGGUCGAACCCCUGAAUGCCAUUAAUUUUGAACUCAUCACAUCGUUGGACAUGAAACAGAUGCUCUCCGAUAUCAUGUGGACUCUAAAAGGGCGAUAUUUAGCCUCGGACCCAAUGGAAAACGUUGACUACAACAAUGAGAUGACGCUAUACAGCGGUAAUUUUGAGCACUUCCCAGCUCAAAGGCAGCAGUACAAUACUGGUUAUGUUGGCCAGCAGCAUCAGACAACACAUCCUGAUAACACACACAAUAUCUCUUCGAAACCUGUCCAUAACAAAUUUGCGUACCAUCAGAAUUUCUCGCAAAUGCCCCAUCAAAGCAUAAACAACGCCAAUCAAAGCCACAGCACGUCUCACAUAUUGCGCAUCAACUCUCAGAUGAUGGCCCACUUAAGAGAUAAUAAGAUAAGUAUUCUAAUUAUCGAAGGAUUUAUGAUAUUCAAUCAACCCGAACUACUGACCCUGUGCAACAUAAAAUUCCAUUUCCAUUUACCCUACGAAAAGUGUUUCGAACGACGCCGCAAACGUACCUACGACCCCCCAGAUGUUGUUGGAUACUUUGAGAUGUGUGUCUGGCCUCAUUACGAAAAGAAUUUUCAGGAGUUUCGUGAUCGCAAAGAUAUAACCAUUUUGAAUGGCGAAAUCGAGAAGGACAAAAUAUUGAAAUACGUUGUGAAACGAAUUCUUAACUAUUUCGAAGAACGUUGUGAUGUUGGCUGUCCGCCGCCACACAAGCUCCUAGGCAUACCGAGUUGCAGCAAUGGUAACAUGACGAAUAGCUCUCUACAGACAUGUCCAAUGGAGCAACAAUAGAAUGGUUUAGCACCGGAUUAUCUUACUGUUACAAACAACUGUGCGCAUAUCGACCAAGACGUCGAUUGUAUUUGUGUGUAGAUUUAGCGUCAUUUAAUUCAUCUUGGAUUGGGUGAAAUUCUUAAAAAGCGUUUCCAUGAUUUUGUAAACACUCCAAUAUGUAAAUAUGUAAAAUAUUUUUUUAUUUAUUUAAAUAUAUUUAAUUUUUUUUUUUUUUUUGGAUACAUUAACGAUUAUUUCUUAUGUAAUUAUUGGUAUAUAUGUAGGAUAAAUGAGGAAAUAAAACACAAUUGAAACAUA